AUGGCUAGUAGACUUGGGGAAUCGAUAAACAUGGAGCUCCCAAACCCAGAUGUUGGACAUUUCAAGUGUAAUAUUUGCUUCGACUUGGUUCAGGAUCCGAUUGUCACACGAUGUGGUCUCCUCUUUUGCUGGCCUUGCCUUCACACCAACGACUAUCGUUACUGCACACAUCAAAACAACACAAUCGACUUUCACACACAGAAAUCGCCCACUGCCGUCGACCGGCGUGGCCGCACAGCGCAUCCCGGCUACACCAUCUUGACCCAAUCACCUUCAUUAUGCCGUCGUCGACCCAUAUUUGCGUUGGGCGAUGCUCUAAGCACCGCGGGCACUGGCGAACAGAGCUGUUGUGUUUCGCUGCCGCACACGGUACUGGUAGAGCGAACAAUCAUGGCCCCCAAUUUUCAUUCUCUCUUUUCCAGAAGAGAAAGACAGUGCACAGCCCAAAAGACCGGAGAAAGAGUUUCGAGGUCAAGAGUUGCCAUGGUUGAAGAAGCGGCGUUUGAGGACGCUAACACCGAAUUAACCAAUUUAUCGGCGGUUGCGGAUUCGUUUGAGGAGCUUUCUGCGGUGGUGAAAUCCAAGGGUUUCAAUUUUGAUCUUCGUUUGGAACCCUUUUGCGAUGCUUGUUCGCUUGUUUCUGUUCUGUUUGGUUCUUUGGGCAUAGCGUUUAAAUUUGCUGAAUCGGAGUAUGUUUCGAAGGUAAAUGAUCUGGCAGAAGCAUCGCGGAUUCAUGGAACAUUAAAUAAUAUACUUGAUUUUGAUGUAAGAAAUGAUACAGUGAAAACACAAGGAAGCCUAUCACGUAACUUGCGCAGAGUUAGGCUGGGUCUUGAUCUCAUCAGAGCUUUAUUCCAAAACUUUUUGUCAUCAGACGAUUCUUCUUUAAAAGAAGCGGCGUCAGCAGCUUAUGCAAAAACUUGUGCACCAUAUCACGCAUGGGCCGUCAGGACUGCUGUUUCUGCUGGAAUGUAUGCACUGCCGACAAGGGAACAACUACUGCUGAGGCUAAAUGAAUCUGACAAGUCAGCAAAGAAGGAAAUGCAACGAUACAUCAAUGCCUCUCUUCCAAUCAUAGAAUACAUUGAUAAAUUGUACACUUCAAGAAAUAUCAGGCUUGUUGCCAAGCAUCCCAUCAGUCGAAAUAGUUGUAUCUUGUUCAUGUAG